AUGAAAGGUAAUAAUUUUCGAACUCUGUUAAGAGAAUACUGUUUAGAGGGAAGCAUAUUAGGCUUGAAGUAUUUUUAUCUAUACCCGGACCGAGUGUCAAGAUGCUUUUGGGCGGUGACAAUGUUCCUGAAUGUUGGUGUGGCUUGUAUGCUCGGCUUACUGUUGUACUUGCGCUUCUACGAGAUGCCUACUAGGAUCACGAUAGAAAAUCAGUUCGAGCCCAUCCAAAAUCUGCCGUACCCAGCUAUCACGAUAUGCUCCCCCAACCAUAUCACUAACAGUGCAUUGGAUCGAUUCAAAAAAAGCCUCGUGAGCGGAAAUGUGACCACUGACAUAAAGCGAUUAGUUCCACAUAUUCUCGGGUCCGUUACAAUUUUAAAUAAAUUGAAAUUAAGCGAACUGAAACAGUUACAAAACAUUAUAGAAAGUAAUCGUUAUAAGGCACUUGACGUUUUAUCUCUGUUGCCGCAGCGCUGCGACCAGUUUUUGAAACGAUGCUUUUUUGAACAGAAAGUCUAUCCAUGUAAGGAGCUAUUCUACCCAAUUAUUACCAAAAGUGGCAUGUGUUGCGUAUUCAACAGUAUUUACAAAUUAAAGAAAGGCAACAAUGGGGUAUACAGAAAUGAGAGGCAAACCAACUUCUCUAAGCACAAAGUUACAAAGGUCGGGCUUUCGCACGGAUUGAACGUUGUCAUGGACUAUGAUCCUUGUAACGCUAUGGAUAGCUCCAUAGUCUAUGCGGGAGCUACUAAAGUAAUGCUCACAGACUGGAGGGAAUUUCCAGCAAAUGAAGAGGCAAGUUUCAUUAAAUCAGGCACCGAGGCCUUCCACGUCCUGUCUAACACUUUCACCUACUGCUCGGACGAGGUGCAGCAAUUGCCUCUCUCUAGCCGCAAGUGCUACUUCAAGGAUGAGUUGACACUUCCAUAUUUUAAAGACUAUCACAAUUCCGACUGUGAGCUUUCCUGCUUGAUAAAGGAGGUAGAGAAUCAGUGCCAAUGCACUCCGUUAUACGUGCCUUAUGUGAGCACGCAUGCCGCCUGCAACUUCACCAGUCUCGACUGCAUAAUGGCCGUCCAAUUAGCUAAUAUGAACCGGUUGAAUGAAAAUGGUCGGUGCAAUUGCUUAAGGGACUGCAUAUCGCAUAGCUACACCAGCAAAGUGAUCAUUGGGAAUCUUAAGUCUGUAGAACAUUUAAUGGACAACCGUUAUUCUGGCAUCGUGUUUAACGGGAGCACUACCAUUAUGCACUUCUACUUCCCUGCGCCUUUUUAUGUCAAACAGAAGCAAGAGACGGUGAUAUCGUUAAUAAGCUUAAUGUCUAAUUUGGGUGGCGUGUUCGGCUUAUGUCUCGGGUGCAGUUUCAUCAGCCUCAUAGAAAUAUGGUUUUACAUUUACGUUGCUUUAAAGAAAUACGUGAAAGGGCAUUUGAAGAAGAGGCGCCAUCAAAGAGAG